ACCUCAAAUUUCUGCCUGCGUGUUUGGUCCGCGAUCUUCCUCAAAUUCCAGUAAAAAUGGCCUUAAGCGACGGAGCCAAGGAGCGCCUUUCCCUCGUGAUCGAGCUGGUCAAGACGGUCUUCCAUUACGGCUACAUUCCUGCUGUGGUCUACCUGGGGUUCAAGCAGGGGGCCGAGCCUGGCAUGCCCGAGAUCGCCCUUAGCAACUUGCUGUGGUAGGACCAGAGGAGCACCAGGAAGGGAGCAGAUGCUUAAAAAUAAGUCCCAUUUUGCAAUGUUUACUGACACAAUAGAAAGAUAAACCAUCAAA